AAGUACAAUGUACUACUGAUGUUACUUUUACUGAUACAAAGUACCUCCAGUCAAUAGUCUUACCUGGAGGCAGCAGUUCUAACCCGAUUUACAAUGAUCUCUAUUUGAUUGUUUGUCUACGACUACACAUGCUCCUCCUCUUAUCAGGAGAUGUUGAACUCAAUCCUGGUCCUAUGAUUGAUGACCAACCAUCUCGUCAAUUAUUUGUGAAGUAUCUUAAACAACUUGUUGAUUGGAAACCAUUUGCUCUUUAUCUUCCUGGAAUAACACAAUCUGAUGUCAAUAUAAUUGAUAAAACAAAAAAAAAUGCCAAAGCAGCAAUACAUCAGAUAUGGUUACAAGUUAAUCCUACAGCAUCAUGGAGAGAUGUCAUUAAUGCUUUGAAACAAUGUAAAGAGAAUGAACUAGCUAAAACUAUUGAGCAUCAAAUGAUAUUGGAAUCUACUGAAGGAACAGAAAGUAUGGAAGUAAUUGACCUAACUGAUGAGGCUACAUCAGGUAAAACUCCAAAGGAUAUACUACAAAGGCAUUCUGAUAAACUAGUUCAUGCUAUUAGUGUGAAUCUAUGCAAUGUAACUGAUGCACUGUAUGCUAAAGGUCUGAUACCACAACAAACUAAAGGGGAUAUGCAUGUAUUAGGAUUAGCUGAAAAUAAAAAAGCUAGCUAUCUUGUUCAUGUGCUAGAGGAACAGUUGGAAGUGAGUGUUAGUGAUCCAGAGCAGUAUCUUAUUGAUGUAUGUCAUGUAUUAAUAAACCAACAACAGCAUACACUAACAGAUAUUGCUACCUCUAUAUUACGCCAGUUACGUAAAACUAUACCACACUCUUCUGUGUUAAAUGCGUCAAUACAAGCAAUAGAAUAUUAUAAUAUAUCUAAUGACCAAAAGAUUCACCAGUUUAAAACAAAAGAGGAAGAAAUAGAAACUCAAAACUCAUUAAGUGAAAUUGAAAAGAACUUUACCUCAUUAAUGGUAAGAGUCAAUAAAACAUUUAUCAACUUUGUAGAGGAGAAUCCAGAUUCACUGAGCACUAUUAAAUUGUGGCUUCAAAACAGUUGUUAUAUGACUGAUCAUAAAAACAUUGCUACUGAAAUAGAUAACGCAGAAACUGUCAAAAUAAUAUUUGACAUUAUCCGCCCUCUUUAUGACAGCAUUGACUGUGACCUGAUAAUGGACAUGUGUGAAGAAUUCAUACCAAAGGAACAAGAACUUGCAAAUAAACUCAGUACACAUCAUCAAGUUGUAGAAAUAUUUUAUUCUUCAAUACCAAUCAAACAGCUGAAAAAUGACUUAGAAAAUUCAUACCAGCCAUAUUUGGCAAAUGACUUAACAAAAAUGCCUAAGAUCAUAAUAAAAUUACAAAACAGAUGGAGUGGAAUAAAAAUGAAGGGAUUGAAGCGAUUAAUAGAAAAAAUGCUGCCACUUGAUUUAAAGCAAUCAAUACUGCAGUACAUUGAGAUUUUAACUGGCUCAGUAACAAUACAUUACUAUGUCCUUGACUGUACAGCUGAUAGUCUAAAGGAAUAUACUGGAGGAAAGUUACAGUUUAUGCGUCUCAUUGGUAUAUUUAGUUUAUACAUUAAUGAUCAUCCUGUCCAUCAAGACGAAGAGAAUAUGAAUUUCACCUUUAGAACUAGCUCUCCUUACAUCAGUCAGAGUUGGUAAUAAUGAAGCAGUAGAGUUUCUUCUUCAACUAAAAGAAGGCAAUGUUAAUAUUCGGAACAAUAAAGGAUGGACUGCACUAAUGAUAGCAAGCGCACUUAAUUACAUUUCAAUCAUUUACAUGUUACUACAAGCUAAUGCUAAUCCUCACCUGAAAUUAUCAGAUGGAUCAAAUGCUGUAAUGAUUGCUAGUUACUAUGGAAACUAUGAAGUUGUUGAGCUACUGAUUAAUAAAGGAGUGGAUUAUAUAACUCAACAAGCAGGUGGUUGGAAUAAUUUCAUGUUGGCGUCUCAAAAUGGUCACACCAAAAUAGUUGAACUGUUGCUGAAAAAAAAAGUUGAUCCUUAUGUUCCAAACAAUAAUGGUUGGAAUGCUUUAAUGUUGGCUUGCCAUAAUGGUCACACUCAAAUAGUUGAACACAUGCUGAAUUCAAAAGAACAAGCUGUUAUCAAGAAAAAUAUUAAUGCUAAAAAUGAAAAUGGUAGUACUGCUUUAAUGAUUGCAUGUAAUACAGAAAAAGAGCACUCUGAAAUA